GACCCCAAGCUUCUCUAUGCUAUCAACGGCAUCAAUGCCUACCACAUCGAAAAUGGCAAAGAGGAAUGCCUCACACCGGCAGGUCCUCAGACCUUGUCUCUAUUAAUGGUCCCCACAUCCUCACCCUUCUCCGGUCUCUCCUCCGCCGACCCCCAAUCCGCCGCCCCAGAAGAAGAUUUCUACCUCCAUCUUCACCUCCCUCCCGAACUCGACCUCCCGCUCCCAGCAACAACCCAAAUCUACCACCAACCGCCCCGCAGCUACCUGAUCCCACGAUGGGACCUCGGGCCCGAAAGCGGCGCCUUCACAAGGAUAGAAUUCCCGGGGAUAGGCAAAGGCGGCGGCUCCCAAGAAGACGUUGAUACAUUCGAGACCAUCCUCGCCCAAUGUACCGCCUUCCUCGAGCGCGCGCCAGCUCCCAAGAGCGCACGCCCGCACCGCAGCAAGAGUAACAAGGAACUCCCCAUUGCACCCUAUGACCCCUCUGCUUUCAAGCCCGGAGAGGGCUACGUGCAAGGUAGUUCCAGUUCCCACGAGGGAGGACAAAUCGUCCUCAUCGACGAGGAAAAUGGCUCCGUGGUCGGCGAACUAGGAGAAGGGUUCCACGUCGUCGAAGACUCCAAAAUGAAAGCUGGAUCCAAAGACCCAGUAGAAAUCACCCUCCCCUCCGAUGGCUCCCAGAACAUAAACGUCUCGCCCGCCUCCGAAGCCUACCUAGAGAUGUCCCUCCACCCGGCCUACAAAAACAGCACCCUCGUCUCCAAAGCAGCCAUGGCCUCGCGCCUCAUCGUCACGACCUCCUCCUACGUCUCCAAAACGCUGCAAUCGCAAGCAGACACUUUUACUCAAAAGACGAAACCGAACUCCAAACCCAUGACCUUUACGCCGACCACGCACUCGCGCAUCCGGAAAGUACACACCUUCUCCGAGGGCGCGGUCGGGUUAUCGGCCAAGACGGUGGGGCAGGUAAGUAAAUACGCGCAGAACCUGGGCGCCACGCUCGCGAAGAGGGGGGAGAGGAGUCAGCGUGCGAAGAACGGGAUUGGGGCUGACGGCCAGCCGAUCGAGGACUAUAAACCUGGCCUUUUGAACAAAAGCAUGAUGGCGUUCUCGACGAUAGCAGAUGGCAUCGAUCAAGCGGGGCGGAAUCUACUCGCUGGGACAAGCACCGCGGCCACGACGGUGGUGAGCCAUAAGUAUGGCGCGGAAGCCGGGGAGGUCAGCAGGUCGAUAGGCGGCGGCUUUAAGAAUGUGGGGUUGGUGUACAUUGACGCCGCGGGCGUGAGCCGGAAGGCGAUCGUGAAGAGCGUCGCGAAG